AGAAUUUCCGAGGGAACCUGAAUCUGACAAGUGUCAGCAGCGUAAUUAGUGAAGACGUCAGGUGAAUGCCAAACAUGGAAGAGUCAUUUCUAGUAAAUUAAAUUGAUAAGAUUUUUAAAAGUUAGUCAUGGCUAAACAGUACGACAUUUUAUUCCGAAUUCUCCUUCUGGGAGAUUCGGGGGUCGGCAAGACGUGUAUGCUGCGUCGCUUCACGGAUAAAGAGUUUGAUACUGGACAUAUCUCAACUAUUGGUGUGGAUUUUAAAAUGAAAACACUAGAAAUAGAUGGAAUCAAGGUGCGAGUACAAAUAUGGGAUACCGCCGGUCAGGAGCGCUAUCAGACCAUUACCAAACAGUACUACAGGCGUGCACAGGGUAUCAUCUUUGUUUAUGACAUCACAAGUGUGUCCUCCUUUCAGCACAUAGUCAAGUGGGCAACUGACGUCGAUGAGUACGCACCAGAAAAAGUGCAGAGGAUUUUGGUAGGAAACAAAUCGGAUGAGGAGCCAAGAAGGCGAGUGACGAUGGAAGAAGGAAGCAAGCUAGCAGAAAGGUAUGGUAUGGAUUUCUUUGAGACCAGUGCGUCCACGAGCAACAACAUUGACAAGUCUUUCACUCGUGUGACAGAACUGGUGCUGCAGGCUCAUAAGAGAGAUGUGGACAACCUGCUGGGAUCUCUGGAUGACUAUUUAAACAAAGCCGGUCUGGAUGAAAACGGGGAAGAUAAAUUGGGCAACAUUCGGAGAGACUGUGCCUGUGCCAGAAUCCUUUGAAACGGCAGCAUCUUACUCUCGAAUAUCAUUCAGUCCCUUUUUACAGGGGGGGGAAGAAAUGCUGUUUUUGUCGGUGACUGCGUCGACAUGUGCCAGCAGAAGCUCCGUAAUAUGCCACGUCUACUUUCAGCACUUCUUAAUCCUGUUGCUUUCUAAUCUAAUUUAUAGUCUGUUAAUUUAUAAUAGGGUGUAAAAUGAGAGGACCGUGAAUUAUUUAAAUUUGAAACGUGAGGCUUAACUCAAACACGGUCAAUGUGAGUCUGCUGUAUGUUGAUUCUCUUUCUGAAUGUGGUACAGUGAGCACCGAGCUCUUGUGCAAAUAGCAUAAAUACACUCCCAAGGUGCAAUUUAAAUGAUUUCCCUUAUUUUGCAAGGCUCUCGCUUGACUGGACAACUUUCCCCCGUUUCAAUGAAGGUUCUCGUCGUCUGUUCCACAAGGUGGCGCCAAAGCAUGUUGGCAAGUAAUAAUCUAAUGAGUUUCCUGAGUUUAUGACUAAUUUCAAAGUCAACAGAACUUUUGCCACGGAUGUUAUUUUAACUAAAUGCUUAUGGUUUUAACAACUGCCCUGCAAAAUAUUCACGAAUUUAAAUAAAUGUUCAAAAAGUCA